AUGGCCUCCGACCGAAUGGGAGCUCGAAAGGCUCACAGGAGUUCAGAAGGCUCCCACAUCCCUCCGAACCACUUCCACCGCGCCGACGACUCCUCCGCUGUCGCAUCCUCCGCCUCCGAAGCCACCGCCGCCUCGAGGAAAGCCGAACGCGACAACGCCCACCGCUCCGCCCCUGCCGCUCCGAAGCGAUACCCUUCUCACUACUCCCUCCGCCGAGACGAACCAAUCCUACUGCCUACCGUUCCCGCCGGGCAACCAGCCAACUACCGCGACUCCAUCAUAUCAAUUGUUGACGACCCCUUCUUCCAACGCUUUGACGACUACUCCGGGGAGGGAGCGCAUGGAUUUGAGCCUCCUCGGACUCCCACAAUCCCCGACGAGGACGGCACCCGAAACGCCCAAGACGAAAACGAACAAGGCGACGACGACGACGACGACGACGAGGCCAUCGGCGCGACACAAAAAUACGAAAUCACACAAGAAUUCGACUUCGACUUCGACUUCGGGUACUUUGAGCUCCGAGAUGACGACAACCCCAACGAGCGCUGGCCGCCCCCAAGAAGAGAGUCGUUGAUAAUAGGACCUUCCUUGUCCUGGCAACAACCAACCUCCGCCAUCAUGGAAAGCCUCAAUAUUGCCGUCAUUGGCGCGUCCGGCGUGGGCAAAUCGUCCUUCGUCCAGCGCGUCCUCGGCCUCUCGCGCCCUCCCAUCACCAACGCCUCCAGUGUCCGCAUGGUUGUCGACAAUGUCACCUACGGCGUAACCCUCAUUGAACUCGACCUCGAAUACUUCGAACUGAACCCGUUGCAGCCCAUCCAGUGGCCGAAGCAGAUCAACGGCCACAUCGUCCCGCGAGUAGACGGCGCUUUGAUUCUCUACGAUGUUAUGAAUAAGGAAAGCAUGAAAGAACUGCCACAAGCAACUGCCGCGCUCACGAAAUCCGGCCUUCCCGCGGUCCUCAUCGCCAACAAAUGCGACCAUCCCGAGACCGACCGACAAGUUGAUGCGCAGCGCGUUGCGAGUCACGAAUACUUCAAGUCCUGCGUUGGGCAAUUCAGCCUCUCCACGAGCGCUCCCGAACGGGCACGAGCCUGCCUGAAUACCAUGCUGAAAGCCGCCAUCGCUUAUCGCAAGGAAACACAAGCGUCGGAAGGGGGCCUGUCCCGCCGUCGUGCAGCCUCGGCAGCCAAUCUCGAGGCCCACGACAGCUCGAAUGGCCGCCCGCUAAGUCAGCACAGCAAACAUAGCCGAGCGAGCUCUGAUUUGUCGCUUCUUCGAGGUGUCCCCCCUCCUAUCCCGGAUCACUUGCGCGGCCCACCAGCUCCAGGCAGCCCGCGCAUCGCCAACUUCAACGCGCCUUCGACCUCCACAUUUGGGACCGAAACAAUCGAAGAAGAAUCUCAACAAACCGUGUCCAGUCAGCUGCGGACACCCGGCAUCCGUCUCGACCGCGGACCAACAGACUCAUUCCUCGACAUGGAGGAGUCAGAUGCCGAGUCUUUCAGGUACUCGGAGGAUAUUCCGAUCCUGCAGCGGAGUGAGGACACUUUUCUCGAAAAGCCCAAGCCAACGGGCGUGGCGUUCGACGAAUUGGUUGACCGCCUCAUCGCCCCACGCAUGACCAAAGCGGACAACAACUUUUCGGACGUAUUCCUCUGCCUGUACCGGAAAUUCGCAGCGCCUGGUGAGCUUUUCUCGGCCAUCCUGACGCGACUCGAUCGUGUCAGAGACGACAAAUCGGCGCACUACCUCUCCAAGACGGCGACGCAACUCAGAAUUAUUGAAGUCGUCGCCAAGUGGGUAUCUCUGUAUCCCGGCGAUUUUGCACGGCCAGGAACUAGACGGAACCUCGAAGAAUUCAUCAAGCAUCUUUCUACCGAACCAAUCUUUUCCAUCGCCGCCCAGCAAAUCAAACGCCACCUGGAAUACAGCGUUGUCGAAGAUGACGAUACCGGAUGGGCGAAAUCAGACGAGAUGGCGGAUCAGGAGGGAAGCAAAGUUCUCUCGAAAGACAUGACGCGCUCGACGUCAGAACUAUCCAAUGGCAUCACGACCAUCUCUCUCGACGACGACAAACCGACAGACGACAGACCUUCUCACAGUUCCGACCUUUCGCACGUGGACAGGACGAGCAGCGUUGGGACACAUGUCUCCUUUCACUCAUACGAUGAAUACGAACGAGAAGCAGCCAAUAUGGAACCGACCGACGUGUUACCCAUGAACAAAUUUCGCUAUCACAUUUUCAUGGACAUAUCAGAUGACGACAUUGCCGACGAGAUGACACGCAUCGACUGGGUAAUGUUCUCGUCCAUCCGCAUCCGAGACUUUGUACGGCACGUGAGCCUUUCGUUGGAGCUGCGGUCCAAGUGCAAGAGUCUGAAGAACGUCAACCGUAUGAUCAACCACUUCAAUCAUGUAGCGAAGUGGGUGGCCAAUCUGAUUCUGCUGCGCGACAAGGCGAAGCACCGCGCGCAGAUGCUGGAGAAGUUCAUGAACAUUGCGCAGAAGCUUCGACGACUCAAUAACUACAACGGACUGGCGGCAAUACUUGCCGGCAUCAACGGCACUGCCGUCCACCGCUUGGCGCAGACCUGGGCGUUGGUGCCACCAGAAGCACAAAAGUCUUUCGCCAAACUGGGCAUUCUCAUGGGAACGCAGAAGAGUCACUUCGCGUACCGACUGGCGUGGGAAAACUCGCCGUUGCCUCGGAUACCGUACAUUCCACUUCAUCGGAGAGAUUUGGUCUCGGCCGAGGAGGGAAGCAAGACAUUUGUGGGACCGGACGGCGACCGAGUUAAUUGGAAGAAGUUCGAAGUGCUUGGUGAAGUGUUGCUGCCACUCAUGAAGAGUCAAGGGACCGCAUAUCCAAAUCUCACAAAGCACGAGGCGGCCCGAGAACUUAUCUUGGACUGCAGAAUGCCCACAGAUGAAGAGGAAAUUUACCAAAGGAGUGUCCAGCUCGAAAGUACGGCGGGUGCAGGCGCCGAAGUGAGCAAGAAGAAGUUCCCUUGGUUUGCCAAAUAG